UGGUUCAAGGAGUUUUGAAUUUAGUGGCAUGGUUUUUGAUCUUCAUGUGUCAAUAUCUUUUUAUCACAAAAAGCUUGGUAAAAGUUGUGCGAAUUUGCUGAAGGUCACUUUCCAUUAUUUUGUUGUUUUGAGCAUGCUGUCGGUAUGUAAGCUUUUCCUCAACAUGGUCGUCAUGUCAGAAUGAUAUCAGAACAGGAGCUGAAAUGACAUUUUGACCGUGAGCAGGAAUGGUUUACUCCUCACCUUGUCAGCCUCAAACCUAAACUUUUAUAUCUCAAGAGACUUUAGUUAUGUUACAUUUCACAUGUAUUUGUUUAUAUUUUGAUUUGCUUGGUGGUGGUUUCCAAAUGACGCAUAAUAACCUUGGUUUUGUCCAUUUUAUGUGUCAUAAUAACUUUUAUUCCAUUAGUUUAUCUGGUGUUACUUUGUAUUUUAUUCAUGUUAUUCGCUGGUAGCUGGUUUACCCUAUUGCUUCAUCUGCACUGCAGUAUUUGCUGCAAGUUUAUUUACGUUUGAUUUUGAAAUGAAAGCAAAAGCCAACCAAUCAAGAUGAUUUGAUGCAAUUUAUUACAUGUGAAUGUGGAAGAAAGGCUUGAAAUCUGAAUUGCUGCAUCCAUUGUCAUCCACAUGCUCGAACAAUGAUUGUUGAAACAUCGUGUUGUGUGUGACAAGACAUGAUAGUUAGACCAACAGGGCAGCCAUGGUUGACAUCCUGUAUGUAUCCAAAGUUCAAAAUUGUCAAUCAAGGUAAAGUGUCUCCGAUUCUUGUAUGUCAAGAUGAUAGUCCCGUGUCGUUAUGCAGCUGUGACAGAUCUCGAUGAUGAAUUCAUGGACUGUCUUUGAUAGCAAUAUGAAAUAUGGUUGUGUGUUUGUUGUUGCACUUUACGAUGGCAAACACCCCCAAGGUGGUCGAUUUAUUAACAACCAAAGUGAGGUCGGCGUCCUUCACUUGAUGAUGUGGCAUAUUGCUCGAGCAUUCAAAGAAAAAAAAGAAUUGUCAUCAAAGUAGAUCAUUCAAACUGGCUACUUUUGUGGAAAAAUCGAUUUCAAAAUGGUAAUCAUUCAAACUUAUGAUUUGUUGAGGAUGUAUAUUGGGUAAGCCUUUCUUACGAGUGGCAGUUUCAUUAGCAAGGCCUUCUUGAUUAGGACUGAAUCAAAAAGCACCGAGGCUGACCAUUGAUAAGUUGGGAAAGUUGUCUGCAGGAAUGCAUGUCAUCAGGCUCAAGGCCUGCUGUCUUUCUGAACCCUCAUUGGAAACUUGUCUAUUUGGUUUAAACAAAGUAUAGAUUUUUUAGACAGAAACUUCCUUCCUCAUAAAAUUUCAAGUAAAUUUAUCAACCAAUUGCCUUUUGUUGAUAGUCGUCAGAAAUCCUUGCUCUGGGUGACUCUGGGUUACAUGUUCCCUUACAUGGUCAGUGUGAAUGACUCUGGGUUACAUGUUCCCUUACAUGGUCAGUGUGAAUGCGUCUUGGUCAUGUGGGACUUUGUUAUGGUAACUGAUCAGGGUUUGUGGGAAUGACUUGAAGUGACUCGCAUGAGGUGAUCACUAACCUCUAUUGUUAUUCUAUUCAACUGAAAAAUAAAAUAGUUGGCUUCCAUUGUCGCCUACUUACUAAGAUUUAUUGUGUCAUAUUGACCAAUUGUUAUGUCAUGGUCUCUUUGAGGCCUAGACUGAAUGUCCCUGCUGGUUGUGUGUGAAUGAAGGCUGUUGGUUGAUCACAGCACUGUGUGUGAACCCUAUUUUGGAGUGAAGACGGAUAAUGGCCGGCCUUUGUGUGACUCUUCUCUUCAUCCUGGUGCCAGUUUACAUCACUGGUACAGAUCAUCCAGCGGAGGAUGACACCACUACAUCACAUGCAGCAUGGGCAGAUUUCUGGUUGUUCCGCAUUGUUUUGAACCUGCUGGGUUAUGCGACGGUGUUUGUGCCGGCCGCCUUAGUCAUCCAGUAUCUCCGCAAGAACAAGUACAAUGAAAAAGCAGGUUAUGGGAUCAUCCCUCGUGUCAUCCGAAUGUGUGUUUUUGGCAGCGAGGAUGACCAAUCAGUUGUUGAGGAGGGUGGAGUCACAAGCACACCAGUCACACCACCGAAGAAGGAACGAACGGAUCUGCACAAUGCCCUGCUGCUCUGCUUCUGUUUCUUUGGACUUCAGGGAUCAUAUCUCACGUGGGGAGUCUUACAGGAACGCAUUAUGACUCACGAAUACGGCCUGACUGAAACAAACAAAAUCGGUGUCAGAUUCAAAAACUCUCAAUUUCUAGUCUUCAUGAAUCGUAUCCUUGCCUUGUUUAUAGCGUGUGUAGUGAUCUUGCUGAGACGCCAGCCCCGACAUAAAGCGCCUCUCUAUAGAUACUCGUAUGCAUCAUUUUCAAAUAUCAUGAGUAGUUGGUUCCAGUAUGAGGCACUUAAAUUCGUUAGUUUUCCGACGCAGGUUUUAGCCAAAGCUUCCAAAAUUAUCCCUGUUAUGUUAAUGGGGAAGAUAGUGUCGGGCAAGUCGUAUGACUGGUACGAAUACUUCACUGCUUUAAUGAUCUCUGCUGGGGUAGGCAUGUUCCUUUUGACCAACUCAGAAAACAAACACAGCGAGACCGUGACCACAGUCUCUGGUAUUAUCCUUCUCGUCGGUUACAUGGUCUUUGAUAGUUUCACCUCUAACUGGCAGGGGGAGCUGUUUCGUCAAUAUAAGAUGUCCUCAAUUCAAGCGAUGGCUGGUGUGAAUCUCUUCUCUUGCUUGUUCACGGUGACAUCACUCCUGGAGCAAGGCGGCUUCGUUGACUCGGUUCAGUUCAUGUUAAUGUACCCGUCGUUCAUGUUGCACGUGUGUCUUCUCUCCGUCUGCUCAGCCACCGGCCAGCUCUUCAUCUUCUUCACCAUCUCCCAGUUUGGGGCGGUCACUUUUAUCAUCAUUAUGACAAUGCGGCAAGCAUUCGCUAUCCUCCUCUCGUGCGUCAUAUACAGUCAUCCAGUCUCAAUAAUUGGUGGCGUUGGUAUUUUCGUUGUAUUUUUAGCCAUGUCUUUGAAAAUUUAUCUUGGCCAACGAAAGAAAAAGAUUCAAAAGAGUCCGGCUGCUUUGAAUGGCUCUGGGAAUAACACAAAAGUGUAACACUUGUGCUAAUGUGGUGGCUUACGAUAUUUGUCUGUAACCAUCAGCAGUUAUGUUAUUUAUAGGGUAAGGUAGAAUUUGUUUCAAAGUUGCUUGGUCAUCAAGUGCUUGACAGAAUAAGGGCAUAAUAAUGUUAGAUCAGGGUUUGAUGAAUGACCUGGUGCAUCCUCUUGCCAACGGUAGAAUCAGAAAGUGCCUUUUGUCAAUACUGCUGUGAAGACUUUCAACCAGAGCUGUGGUCAACAAAAGCUAGAACAUCAUACACUCUUAUUCAUGGCGUAACCAGCUACAAAAACCCUGUUGACCGCAGCUCAGAUUCAAAAUCCUUGAAACGAGGUAUAUGACUCUGGAAUGAUAAGAUGUAUGUACCACUACUAUCACUACCAGGUAGAGAGCAAUGUUUAAAACCGCCUGAAUCUCUGAACGCUGAUUUCAUCGUGAAGUAAAGAAUAUAAUAAUGUAAUUCAAUCACCAAUGUCACACUCUUGUUUUCAUGAAUUGUCUCAGUCACUCAGCUGUCUCUGUGUGAAGCUGCAGCAGGUUUCAUCCAGCUCAUCUCACAUACAUGUAGCGACAUUCUUUACUUGAUUCAGAUAGUGAAUCAAGUAAUCAACAGCUGCAACUGUGUGCUUCUGUACAGCUGUUGUGUGUUACCCCUGGAGCUGUUUCUCCUGUGUUCAUGUGUCUGUUCAGGUCUUCAUCAAUACCACUGAAUGAAAAUAUCACAACUCUUACAAAAAUUCUAUAUUUAAGUUAAAGGGAGGGCAUCCCCAAGAAUCUCUUCUCAUCCUGUUACUCUCACUGUAGUUUUUAUGGCAAAAAGAAGGAAGGCUUAUCUAGUCACUUCUUUCACAUGUUCACCUCGGAACAUUGGAAUAUCAGACACUUUCAAAUGUGUCCUUCACCUUCGGCAUUUUGUCCGUUGGUGAUGAAUUAAACCCUCAAGUCAGAAGCUUUCCUUCAUGUAUCUUCAUUCUGCACUGCUUGGUUUUGAAAUGUGUAUAUAUUAAGAGGUGAAUGAAUAUAUUGUUACAAUAAAGUCCGACAUAUUCUAUUUACAUCA